AUGAGAGGGACACCAAAUAGGACCUAUAGAGAACAAAACAGAGUACCAGAACUAGCGAGAAUGCCAACAUAUGGAGUACAAAACCCCAAAAGACACGGAUAUACAUUAAGAGAAAGACAAGAUACACCACAAAAACAUUCUAGGGAACUAAGGAAAUCACCAGAACCAGUGGUGAGGAGAAAAACCCAAAUGUAUAGGAAGGACCAACACCCGGUGGAGAAAACUGCAAUGAACACUAGAGAUAGAUCUGUAUAUAAUAUGGAUAGAAGUGACUUACUCACCCAGAACAGAUUUAGUGUUCUUAAUUCACACCAUCAGGAGGAGGUUUUUUGGGGGAAUCAUAUGAAGGGCAGACACAAGGACAUUGGAGCAGGGCGAGGGACUCCAGGGAAAAGAGAGCGGAGUAUAGAAGACGGGGAAUUAGAGGAGGAAUUCACAUACAAAAGAGGAAAGAAGGUCAGAGAGUAA